AUUUUUCAGGGAGCUGGAUCAGAAGUGGAGCAACCGGGACACGAACCAACACUUGUACAAAAUGCUGGCAUCGUAGGUAGUAGGCAGCUCCAAUGCUGCCCCAGGAAUUUCAGUUUUAAUAAAUGAAUAAAAGAACCUUUUAAAAUUAGGUUAUAUUUCAAUUAAGCAGGUAAUUAGUGGUUUUAUUUUGCCACCUAGAUUAACUGGCUGGCUCCAGAGAAAUAGAUCAUGUUGUUUUCUUUUAAUCAAGCCCCAAUAGGAAGCUUAAUCAUGCUACUGUGAAGAUGAAUGUGCUUGAAUUCUGUGAGGCCCAAAACAUUUGCCUCACUCAGCCUUCAAUGCAUUUGUUCUUAUUAGCUGAGAAUUCUCAUUAGAGUCACUUCUGCCCUCCCCACUCCUCCCACCCCGCCGCCAUGUAUUAGCUUUAGGAGGCAAAUUCUGAUUAAAAAAAAAAAAAUAGUGUAUGUUUCUGGAUCCUAAGUAGGAGUUUUUUCUCUUUGUUCUGGAAUACAAAUGGACUUCUUUGAAUAUUUUAAAUCUUUUUUUGUGAUUUAAUGAUUUUUCUAUUGAUAGAAGUUAUUGCCUACAGAAAUCUGUGAGACCACAAGGAUGAUCGUGCGGAGGGUGGUGUUGAACUCUCGACCUGGAAUAAAUGGUAUUCCAGUGGCAGAGAAUUUCCGAGUGGAAGAAGUCAGUUUACCAAAUACUGUCAAUGAAGGAGAAGUGAAAGUUAAAACUCUGUACCUUUCUGUAGAUCCUUACAUGCGUUGUAGGAUGAAUGAAGACACUGGUUCUGACUAUCUUACGCCUUGGCAGUUGUCUCGAGUGGUUGAUGGUGGAGGUGUUGGGGUUAUAGAAGAAAGCAAACACACGCAUUUGACUCAAGGUGAUUUUGUGACUUCUUUUUCCUGGCCCUGGCAAACCGAGGCUAUUCUGGAUGGAAAUAGCCUUGAAAAGGUAGUCCCACCACUUGUAGAUGGACACCUUUCCUAUUUUCUUGGAGCGAUUGGUAUGCCUGGCUUAACUUCCUUGAUUGGAAUACAGGAAAAAGGUCAUGUAACUCCUGGAGCUAACCAGACCAUGGUUGUCAGUGGAGCUGCGGGGGCCUGUGGAUCCCUGGCUGGGCAGAUCGGCCAUUUGCUGGGCUGUUCCAGAGUGGUGGGAAUCUGUGGAACAGACGAGAAAUGCCUCUUCUUGACCUCAGAACUGGGCUUUGAUGCUGCAGUCAAUUACAAAAAAGGCAACGUGUCAGAACGACUCCUUGAGCUGUGCCCCGCUGGGGUGGACGUGUACUUCGACAACGUUGGUGGUGACGUCAGUGAUGCAGUGAUAAGUCAGAUGAACCCUAACAGCCACAUCAUCUUGUGUGGGCAAAUCUCUCAGUACAACAAGGAUGUGCCCUACCCUCCCCCACUGCCUCCAGCAAUUGAAGCGAUCCUGAAGGAAAGAAACAUCACAAGAGAAAGAUUUCUGGUGUUGAAUUAUAAAGAUAAAUUUCAGCCUGGCAUUCUACAAUUGAGUCAAUGGUUUAAAGAAGGAAAGCUAAAGAUCAAAGAGACUGUGAUAAAUGGAUUGGAAAACAUGGGAGUUGCGUUCCAGUCCAUGAUGACAGGAGGGAACAUCGGAAAGCAGAUAGUUUGCAUUUCUGAAGAAAUCUCUACAUAAUCUCCAUGUGCAUUCAUCAAGGAAAUAGAUUUAUUUCCAUUUUACACAAACUUUUUAAAACUGCAUUGAAAGCCUUCGAGUACAGAUAGCUCUUGAUUUCAGUGUGAUCACAGGUAACUUUUUCUUAGUUGCAGAAUUCUUUCCUAUAUCUUUAAUGUUAUAUAUAUAUAUAUACAUAUACACACACACACACUAGGUUGAAGGCAAUGAUAUACUUUCUCUCUCUGACUGAACUUAAUAUACAUGUUAUUUUUAUGAUACACUAAAAAUACUGGAAAUUUGAUACAACUGUUAGUGGGUCAUACAGAAUAGAUUUCUAAAAUGGAAAAACUUUUAUUAGUUUGAAGUAGAAUGCUUGAGAGGUUAUGAGUAUGCAUUUGUUCCAUUGGAUGGUUCUUAAGUGGACUUGGGAGGGCCUUCCCGUGACGUCAGUAAAAAGGGACUCAAGGAUGUGUGCCUUGGAUAGGAUGGGAGGGGCUCCGGGUGUGUGGGAGAGCAGAGAUUUGGGGUCUGGAGUAAGGUGAUGACUGAGCUUGAUGAAGCUGAUGGGGAAAGCCUGGAUUUACUCUAGAGGAUGAUCUGUGUGUUCUCUGCCAGGUAAUUUGCCAUACAGACUAACAGCUCAAUAGGUAAGAUAAGAACAUACAUUUAUAGCAUGUGCAGAUGGUCACCAAGUUGUGAAGAUUUAGAGGGUAGAAAGAAACAUUUGGAAUUUUAGGUGAUAAAAAAAAAGAGAUGAAAACAACAAAAAUUGUUUCAGAAAUGACAGAAAUGGGCAAAGGAACAAAUGUCUGUAAACACGUCUUCGAGAUGUACUAAUAUACUCCCAACUGUAUCACUAACCAUAAUAAACUCUCCCAGAACAGUCAAA